UGCACCCAAUCUGUUUUCAAGGAUCUUCAUUGGCAGUUUGGGCUGUUCGAGAAUGUCCGAUGCCAGAACUAGACACGAAAAUGCAAGAGCAGAAGGGGAGUCGACUUCGCAAGCCAACUGCGAAAAUGUCGGCGUCCUCAAUCAUCAUCCUUUGACACACAUCACCAAUUUGUAUGGGAAUUAUGUCGCAAAUAAUCCUCCAGCUGCAAGCACAUCUCGACUUAUUAGUUCUUCACGCGAACGAUCACAAUCGCGAGACAAUGGAAGCACGAUACCAUCGAAUAAUGAGCGUGCUAUACCUCUCGAGGAGUUCAAUACUUCACAUUCACCCAUCCGCGCUGCGGAUAAGUCACUUGAAGAUAGAUGGAGAGUAAGAGAUCUACCUUGGUCAUGGAGACGACACCCGAAGUUUUGUAUCGCUACCGGACUUUUUGUUCUCGUUAUUGUCGGUGCUGUUUUGAUUGUUUUACACUUUACAGUAUGGGACAAGCAUUCCAGUCUGUCUACAGUAUCUGAAACAGCAAGCCAUACUCUACCUACAAGCACUAGCAGCUUUAUCUCAACUCAGCCGAAGUCACAAGCAAAUACUUCUCUGAACUCCUCUGCCACUGUAUCGAAGUCUUCGAUGUCCCUUCAGGAGCUGGACAACACGGCAACGGACUCCGCUUCCACUCUGUCCUCGAGCCUUACAAAGACGAAUUCACUGAUCACAACUGAAGGAUCUUCAACUACCAAGUCUGCAGCCUUGUCGAGUACUUGCACACCCAAUUGUCUCAGCCCUUCCACGACAUCUUCCACGAUACCCUCUACCACAACCCACAUACCUAUCACCUUUGUUCCGAGUACCACAUCCACCAAGACAUCGAACUCACAAGUGAGGUGCACAGUAGACUCCGAUUGUCCGAGUCCUUCAGCGUGCGAAUACUCAGCCUCGACGUGCUUCAUCUGUACAUAUGCUACAUCUGGAGCGCCUUGCAACACAGCCUCGGGUUGUUGCGAUCCUUUCUCGUGCAUAGGGGGGACUUGCAUCUCUAUUUCUUCGUCUUGACGCUGUUUUGCUUAGAAGCAUCUAGAGCAUCAGGGUGAAUAGAGGGUAGAUUAGGGGAUUUAUACACACUAGACUUGUACUAUUAUGGAGCGUAUCGGCGUUGAGUAUGGGAGGUAUGAAGUGACGGUACAAAUCACUGUGCAGCGGGCCUUUAUGUAUCAUUUCGCAUUAACACUAGUCUUUGAGGUCAUUUCUGUUUAGUCUUUGCCAUGCUGUUUUUAUUCAGAGCGGGGAUGCUUUCACCACCAGGUCGUACGCAUAUCUGAAACC